AUGCCCGACCCAGCGCUCGCAGGACGCGGAGCCCAGGGAGCUGGGGCAGCCGAGCUCCAGCACCCGCUCCGUAAAGAGCUGGGAAGGGCCUGGGCGCCUCCGCAGCAGGGUGAACCCUGGGAGACGGACGCGCUCCAAGCGCUGCUGCCGGCUCCAGCGUCGAGGCGAGGCAGCCUGGGCUUUCCCGGCCGCGCUGCCGAGCCGCCGCCCUCGGCGCGUCCUGGUGUCCCGAGCUGCCGCCGUGCCCGUGCCGGCUCCCUGGUGCUCACGCGCUGCUCUCCCUUCUCCGUCCCCAGGUGUCACAAGGUGCAGGAGUCUCUGCUCAGUUCAGCCAGCGGCUACAGCAACUACCGCGGCAUCCUCAACUGGUGUGUGGUCAUGCUGGUCUUGAGCAACGCUCGGCUGUUCCUGGAGAACCUCAUCAAGUACGGCAUCCUGGUGGACCCCAUCCAGGUGGUCUCCCUGUUCCUCAAAGACCCCUACAGCUGGCCGUCCCCGUGCCUGGUCAUCGUGGCCAACGUGUUCGUGGUGGUGGCCCUGUCCCUCGAGAGGCGGCUGGCAGCGGGCUCCCUCUCGGAGGGCGCUGGCGCCGUCCUGCACGCGACCAACCUCCUGGCCAUCCUGUGCUUCCCCGCCGUGGUGGUGCUCAUGGUGAGCUCCAUCACGCCAGUGGGGGCCGUGUUCGCCCUGGCCAUCUACACGGUCACCUUCCUCAAGCUCUUCUCCUUCAGAGACGUGAACAAAUGGUGCCGCGAAAGGAGGGAGGCAAAAGCCUCCCCACGCCGGGGGGACGCCUCGGCCGCAGCUGCGGGGCCAAAGAAGGCUAACGGGGAUGUGGGCCAGAGCGGUGUCACCUACCCGGCCAACCUCACCUACAGAAAUCUCUACUACUUCCUCUUCGCACCCACCCUCUGCUACGAGCUGAACUUUCCCCGCUCCCCGCGCAUACGCAAGCGCUUCCUCCUCCGGCGCCUCUUCGAGAUGCUCUUCUUCAUCCAGCUGCUGGUGGGGCUGAUCCAGCAGUGGAUGGUGCCCACGAUCCAGAACUCCAUGAAGCCGUUCCGGGACAUGGACUAUUCCCGGAUCAUAGAGCGGCUCCUGAAGCUGGCUGUCCCCAACCACCUCAUCUGGCUCAUCUUCUUCUACUGGUUCUUCCACUCCUGCCUCAACGUGGUGGCUGAAGUGAUGCAGUUCGGGGACCGGGAGUUCUACAGGGACUGGUGGAACUCGGAGUCGGUGACCUACUUCUGGCAGAACUGGAACAUCCCCGUGCACAAGUGGUGUCUCAGGCACUUCUACAAGCCCAUGCUGAAGCGGGGGGCCAGCAAGUGGACGGCGCAGACGGCCGUUUUCCUGGCCUCCGCUUUCUUCCACGAGUACCUGGUGAGCGUGCCCCUGAAGAUGUUCCGGCUCUGGGCGUUCAUGGGGAUGGCGGCGCAGAUCCCGCUGGCCUGGUUCGUGUCCAAGUUCCUCAGGGGUAACUACGGGAACGCGGCCGUCUGGAUCUCCCUGAUCAUCGGGCAGCCCAUCGCCGUCCUGAUGUACGUGCACGACUACUACGUGCUCAACUAUGAAGGAAGCCAGUGACGCGCUGGACUGCGUUUCCCUCCUGGUGACCAGCAGGAAGGCAGGAGAGGAGGGAGCCGCUUCCUGCUGCUUCCCAGACGCCUUGGGACUGCGUCGCGCGGAGGUGCCGCCGCCUCGGGAAGUUGCCUUGCGCCCUUUUGUACGUGUGCGGAGUAGCCGCUAGGCGUUCCUCCUCUUGUGAAUUGAAUGUCGGAUCAAUGCAAUAGCCCCUGCGGAGGGGCGUCCCCCUCCCUCUGUCCCGUGCCCCAGCGGGGACCCUGUGGUCCUGCCCCGCGACGGCCCGGGCACGAGGGAGGCAGGAGCCGAGCCCGGCUGCCUGCGCAUGUGGGGCCGGGGGGCUCCCUGCACCCGCGGGGGCCCCCGCCUUGAGCUUUAAGUGGCCACACGCGCCACAGAGCCUCUCUUCUGUAAGGCACUUUAAAGGACUGUCCCUGGACUGUGACUGCUCUGAUCCGUCCCUCCCUCCUGCCGGUGCUCCCCGCAGGGGCAGGCUCGGGGCACCCGGUACGAGCCCUGCCCGGGGCUCCCCUGCCCGUGCCGGCGGCCGGCCCGGGCUCCCUGCUCAGCCCCAGGCUCACUUCACCUGUGGCUGUGGGUCCGGGGCGCUGCCUGCUCCGUCCCCGGCUGGCUGCCCCGGCCCCCAGCCCUCUCCUUGCCCUGCAUCCUGGGUGAGGAGCGGGGCUGGCUGGGGCAGCUGGGACCUGCUGCUGCCUCCCGGCGCUGCUCCGGGCUCACUUGGCCACUUUUUAACCUUUCUGGACUGUAUCUGUCAAGUAUUGAGUGAUUAAAGUGUCUUUUUCCACACCUGGUCCUGCUCCUGUUCCUCCCGUGCCUGGACGGGGCCCAUCCGGCCUUCCCGCGCAGCCUCUGGCCCUGCCCCACAUCAGCCUCCCUCAGCCGGGCCGAGGCCACCCGCCCGCCCCCGGGCACUGGCCUGCCCCUCGCGGACACCCUGCCC